AUGCUAGUGGAGGCAGACAAUGCAGAGGUCCGAGGCCUGACCAGCCCUCAGAGGGACAGGGGUCGCCUCACUGCGACAACAGCCCCUGUCUCCCUCCCUUCUUUUCUUUUUGUGAGCUGCCACAGGAUGGGCUCAGGGAGGACGGUGAAGUUUGCCCUGUGCGAGGUGCUGCAGUUUGCAGGCCUGUGCGUGCCACUCUUCAUCGUCAUGCAGAGGUUUGCUGUCAUCGUUGCAAAGGUCAAAACAUCAGCACAACCCCCCGGAGACGGCAGCACUGCCUACUGGUUGAUCGUGGCCUCCUCUAUUGCCUAUGUGACCUCCACUGCCCUGCUGGUCUGGGUACCCCUGAAGUAUAUGGUCUUCAUGAAGAAGAAAUUUCUCAUAGGGAGGAAGAAGUGGAGGCCAGUGACCCUUGUUUAUGUGAUCCUAUCCACAUUACCCUGCUUUGCCUUUCUCAUUGCCAGCUCUGAGGUUCAGAUAAAUAACAACCUGAAACACGAUACAUUCCCUGAGCUCCCCGUGUCACUAGUCCUCUUCUCGCUCAUCUGCAUUGACGUUGUGGAGAGGAUACGACACUGCAGGCUGACCGGCCAGGUUGUAGUGGUGUCGGGGUUAGCACCAUUGCCUCACAACAAAAUGGGUUUGAAGCCACUGGCCACCUAG